CCGGGGAGAAUGCCAGACGCCCGGGAGCGGCUAGGGCAGCGGCGGUGGCGGCGGCACGAUGGUGGUGACAGGCUCUGCCCGAGGCGGCGGCGGCAGCGGGGACCGCGCGCCCUCCCGGCGGCGGGGCUGCGGACUCGCGCCGGCCGGGGCCGCGGCGCUGCUGGCCGGGGCGAGCUGCCUAUGCUACGGCCGUUCCCUGCAGGGCGAGUUCGUGCACGACGACGUGUGGGCGAUCGUGAACAACCCCGACGUACGGCCGGGCGCCCCGCUUCGCUGGGGCAUUUUCACCAACGACUUCUGGGGCAAGGGCAUGGCCGAGAACACCAGCCACAAGUCCUACCGGCCGCUCUGCGUCCUCACCUUCAAGCUGAACAUAUUUUUGACUGGCAUGAAUCCAUUCUACUUUCAUGCAGUGAAUGUGGUUUUACACUGUCUCGUGACUCUCGUCCUGAUGUACACCUGUGACAAAGCUGUCUUCAGGAACCGGGGACUGGCUUUUGCUACAGCGUUGCUUUUUGCUGUGCACCCUGUCCACACAGAGGCGGUGGCUGGAAUUGUUGGCAGAGCUGAUGUGUUAGCAUGCCUGCUGUUUCUGUUGGCCUUUCUCUCCUACAAUAGGAGUGUGGACCAGCAUCAUGUUGGGGAAUGUUUCCCUCCCACCACUUCUCCAUUCUUCUUGCUGCUCAGUUUGUUUCUGGGGACCUGCGCGAUGCUGGUCAAAGAGACAGGCAUCACGGUGUUUGGAGUGUGCUUGGUUUACGAUCUCUUUUCCCUGUCCCACAAGCAAGAGAAAUCAAGCAAUGGGGUCAUCCAUCAACGCAGCCCACAGCAGCCUGCGAGCCCUCAGCCCUCCUCUCUGCCUGUGCACCCUCACCGGGAGAAUGGGAAGCAACAGCGAUUUCCUCACCGAGGAGCUUGGGGUGGUUGCCACUCCCCAUCGCCGCCAGAACCCAAGAGCAGUGGAUUCCCAGUGUCUCCUCGAGCCAUGUGGUCCGUGAUGAGGUAUCUGACAGCAAGGAGCAGUAGGCAUUUCCUGCUUACCAUGAGGCCAUUCUUAAAAAGGGCCGCUUUGGUCAUAAGUUACGUGAUUGUCGUUUUGUACUUCCGUCUGUGGAUCAUGGGAGGAUCUAUGCCCCUCUUUUCAGAGCAGGAUAAUCCAGCUUCAUUUUCGCCUUACAUUCUUACGAGGUUCCUUACCUAUUCCUACCUCUUGGCCUUCAACGUGUGGCUUCUGCUUGCACCCGUUACCCUGUGCUAUGACUGGCAGGUCGGCAGUAUUCCUCUGGUAGAGACCAUAUGGGACGUGCGGAACUUAGCCACCAUCCUUCUGGCAGUUGUCAUGACCUUACUGAGCCUUCAUUGUUUAGCAGCCUUCAAGAGACUGGAGCACAAGGAAGUUUUAGUGGGCUUGUUGUUCCUGGUUUUCCCGUUCAUUCCAGCCAGCAAUCUCUUCUUCAGGGUGGGUUUUGUGGUGGCCGAGAGAGUCCUUUACAUGCCUAGCAUGGGCUACUGCAUCCUUUUUGUGCACGGAUUGAGGAAGCUCUACGCAGGGCUGAAUCGUUGGGGGGCUACCACCCUGACCGUGUGCACUGCGCUGCUGCUGCUGCUUUUCUCCUGGAAAACUGUGAAGCAGAAUGAAAUUUGGCUGUCAAGAGAGUCCCUGUUCAGGUCUGGAGUUCAGACUCUGCCUCACAAUGCCAAGGUUCACUAUAACUAUGCCAAUUUCCUGAAGGACCAGGGUCGUAACCGGGAAGCCAUCUACCACUACAGAACAGCCCUCAGGUUGUAUCCUCGCCACGCAAGUGCCCUGAACAACCUUGGAACUCUGACGAGAGACACGGCAGAGGCAAAGAUGUACUAUCAGAGGGCUCUCCAGCUAAAUCCGCAGCACAACCGGGCUCUUUUCAAUCUCGGGAAUCUCCUUAAGUCCCAGGAGAAAAAAGAAGAGGCUAUCACCUUGCUGAAGGACUCCAUUAAAUACGGUCCCGAGUUUGCAGAUGCGUAUUCUAGCUUAGCUUCAUUGUUGGCCGAGCAGGAGAGAUUUAAGGAGGCUGAGGAGAUAUACCUGGCUGGAAUAAAGAACUGUCCAGACAGCUCAGACUUACACAACAACUAUGGGGUUUUCUUAGUUGAUACUGGCUCUCCAGAGAAGGCAGUGGCCCAUUACCAACAGGCCAUUACACUCAGCCCAAGUCAUCACGUGGCCAUGGUGAAUCUGGGGAGGCUCUACAGGUCCUUGGGAGACAACAGUGCCGCUGAAGAAUGGUACAAACGGGCCCUGCAGGUGGCACGCAAAGCAGAGCUAUUAUCACCUUUGGGAGCGCUAUAUUAUAACACAGGCCGGUAUGACGAGGCUCUGCAGAUUUACCGGGAAGCCGCGGCACUAGAACCUUCUCAAAGGGAGCUCCGCCUGGCCCUGGCUCAGGUUUUGGCUGUGAUGGGUCAGACAAAAGAAGCUGAGAAGAUGACCAACCACAUUGUGUCAGAAGAGACCGGAUGCCUUGAGUGCUACCGCCUGUUGUCAGCAAUCUACAGCAAGCAGGAGCUCCAUGACAAGGCACUUGAUGCUAUCGACAAGGCUCUCCAGCUGAAACCAAAGGACCCAAAAGUUGUAUCUGAACUUUUUUUCACAAAAGGAAACCAACUAAGAGAGCAGAAUCUUCUGGAUAAAGCUUUUGAGAGCUACAAAGCUGCUGUGGAGCUAAAUCCAGAUCAAGCACAGGCCUGGAUGAACAUGGGUGGAAUCGAACACAUCAAGGGAAACUAUGUGUCUGCAAGAGCUUAUUAUGAGAGAGCCUUACAGCUGGUUCCAGACAGCAAACUGCUGCAGGAAAAUCUUGCCAAGUUGGAUCGUCUAGAGAAACGAUUACAAGAAGUUCAAGAAAAGGAUCAGACAUAGCCGUGUUUGGCCCAGUCUUGAGGGACAGUGCUGGUGCUGCUGGAAGAGGAAGAAGUGUUGGAGGCCUUCACCUCCACAGGGGCACAACAGAGUUUUCCGCUCGCUCUUAGUUUGGGGAGGCACAUUUUUGGAUGCCCGCUGGUAACCCUGUGCUGGGGGACUUGCAUUUCCACGAAAGAAGACAGCAAGCAAGGGUUCCAUCUGAGAGGAAGUAAAACAACUACUACACAUUUUGCAGAUUUUUGUUGGCUUUAAUUCCAGAUUUCCCUUCAUCUGUUUCUCUGCUUUUCCAACCUAAGAAUCUAAUUCCAUCUCAGUGUAGACUUUUAUGUCCUAGAAAUACAGAGGCUUAAAUGCUCUGACAGCAGAGCAGCUCUUCCUUGUGAGAUGAGAUAUGUCCUAGAGGAAAAAAAUCUCUGGGAUAAACCAUCUGGGUAAUUCCACCAAGAGGUAACUCAUUUAGUUCUCCAGAACUAGAAAUGAGUAUCUAAUAGUUUUUGUAGAAUCUUCUGGAAUAUUUGGGGGAAACGGUGUUGUUAAGUGAACUUUGUCUAAUACCCGCCGAGGAUAUUGCUAGAGCCCAAAAGAGUGAAUUAAAUUCCACUCUGAUGCAAACUUUUCCCAUUGCCCGAUAUAACAAAAAGGAGGCUUCUGGGAUUGUGUAUGGGUAUUCUCAUCCCUGGGGGAAAAUCAAGGAUCUUGGUUCCUCUAAUUUCUUUAUGGAAAUGUUUAAGAUUAUUUUAAUUUUAUUACAAGUAUUACUAGAGUAGUGAUACUGCUCUAAGAUUUCAGAAGUGCUUUUAGAAUCAUUAAUGUUUCUGACUCCGCAUACAUUGUUAUUUUGGUGGAGAAAAAAUAGUAUAUUCUACAUGAGAAAUAUUAAAGAUAUUAACUAAGA